AUGGAGGAAAGGGACCCGGAGCCAGGGAGUCCCCAGUACACGAAUGGUCAUGGUAAAUUCAUUUCAUCUUUCUUUCAGUCUCUGUCGCUGGCGAAGAAAAAAAUCGUGCACUACACGACGCUGGACCCACAGAAGAGAGCCAACGCCGCCUUCCUCAUCGCUUCUUAUUCUAUCAUUUACUUGAAGAAGACUCCUGAGGAAGCUUACAAGCCUUUGAUUGGUGGAAACAGUCCGCCAUUUUGUCCAUUUCGUGAUGCAGCAUAUGGGAUGUCAACAUACCAUCUGACUCUGCUUGAUUGCCUGCAAGCAAUUGACAAAGCCUUCAAAUUGGGUUUUUUUAAUUUUGAGGAUUUUGAUGUUGAUGAGUACGAGUAUUAUGAGAAAGUACAGAAUGGGGAUUUCAACUGGAUCAUGCCUGGAAAAUUCUUGGCAUUCUGUGGACCCCACGCAGAAAGCAAAAUCAAGAACGGUUACACUCUCCAUUCCCCUGAGACGUACUUCAGUUACUUUCGCAAGCACAAUGUCACAGCCAUCGUCAGACUCAACAAGAAGAUCUAUGACGCAGCUCGGUUUAAGAAUGCUGGGUUUGAUCAUUACGACAUGUACUUCAUUGAUGGUUCUUGCCCAUCAGAUGAAAUCAUGAGAGAAUUCUUAAGAGUCUGUGAGAAUACUGAAGGAGGCAUAGCAGUCCACUGCAAAGCUGGUCUUGGUCGAACUGGUUCUCUCAUUGGAUGCUAUGUGAUGAAGCACUUUCGAUUCACUGCUGCCGAGAUCAUUGCUUGGUUGCGCAUUUGUCGUCCCGGUUCUAUAAUUGGUGGUCAGCAGCAAUGGCUCACAUCCAAGCAAUCAUCAUUGUGGCUGGAAGGUGACAUUUUUCGCGGUCGCAAUAAAAACCAAAACUUGAACAAGAAGUGCCAGUUUGGUAUUUAUAGCAUUGCUUAUCGUGAACAUGUAGCCAACAUGCGCAAUAAUCAAAACAAAUAUAACUGCAAGAAUCACAAUCAGAAGAAACAGCUCACUGGCAGCUCGUCUGAUGAUGAAGCAGAUCGUGAAGAAAAUGUUCAGGUGGUGUUGAGUGGAGUCGACACCCUCAAGCUUGAUGAUCACACCACUCACACAGACAAUCAUGACAAAUAUAUUGAAGAUGUGGCUAACAGUAACACAAACAACAAGGAUUCAGAGACACGUAUCAUCAAUGGACUUUCCCAAGGUGACCGUUUGAAUCAGCUUAAGGCAUCUCGUUCCCACUCAAGAUCUGCAACAACUGGACGAGUUCACCUCGAAGACAAAGCCCACAUUCGCACCAAGUCCACACCAUUGGGCAAUGGUGGGAGUGGCAGUGGUGGUGGUGGUGGUGGAGGGAGAGAGGCAGUGUUAUCACCACUGAAGGCCGGCAAGGUCUCCACCCUCACCACAGCCCAUCGAGAUACAGCACGUAGGCCUAUACGUACCACCACCACAGCCACUACCAAAAGACAUGCAUGGCUAUUGGGCUCGGUGUACCGUGGAUCUGCACACCGUGGAAACAAGUUUCGGGGGGUGUCCCAAGCUCCUGGGCCCCCUUCAUCCUCUCAGCCUCAGACACGUGGCUUGAUCCCAUCCUCCAUAAUUCCUCUGGGGACCUCUCAGAGUCCUGAUAGCUUGGUCUCUCAGAACUCUGGGAGAAAGGCUCAUAUGAACUCCUCUUCCUCCUCCCAGACAAAGUCCUCUUUCCACGCUGCUCUUUCUUCAUCAUCCACUCCCAAAGGUCCCUCUGUUUCCUCCCCUCUUUCAUCAUCUUAUUCUUCAACCAUGAAUGAUAACCAAAUUCCCAGAGCCAGUGACAUUACCCACACAGUUGCAGCAUUAUCAACUGAUAAUGUGGAUAAUGGCAAUAUUGAAGAUCAUCCUCAGUUGGAAAAUAACAACCGUGAACACGAGAUAGAAAAUAGCGGCUGCAGCAUCAGAGAGGACAAUAGAAGCCGGACCUCAAGCUUGGGAAAUCAGUCUCAGCUCAGCUCACCUAUUAUACACAGCAAACUCCCAGUCUAUCGCGUAGUAAAGGGAAUAACAAAUAGUAAUCAACUUUUUCACUACCGUUUCUCUCCUGUCCGAAACUCAAAUACACUCACCAGCCGUUCCUGGCUGCCCUCGUCAGAUGACUACCAAUACUGCCCACCUCGAAAAACAAGAACAGUAAAAUCAACGAGAAUACAUCAUCACCAUCAUCAGCAUCUUCCUCCAACGCCAACACCACCAGCAUCUCCACCUGCAACAAAGGCGCUAUCAAGAAAUCUCAAGCUCUUCCAUCAGGCUGGCUCCACCGAGAACACCACCGCCCACUCCGACACAUCCAGCAAGUGCAAAGCUCCCCCCACCAACUCCUGUAAUGAUAAAGAGCCGGAUGCCCCAUUCAACUCAAGUGACAAAGAGGAUAAAAUCUUGUCCAGUCCUUCCACUCCCGAGAAAAAAGUUCUUCAGCAGAGCUCGGGCUACCAAGGCUGCCAAAGGUACUUCCAAGUCUUGGUCAUUUGAGGUUGUCAGAGAGUAGGGUUAGAGGGGAGAGCAAAGUGUCACGAUCUGCUCCCCCAGAGUUGAGAAAAGCUUCAUCAAUUGAAGGUAAAGGAGGCAAAAGUGCUCUAGGUACAAAUUUUAAACGAUCUGGCCGUGGUGUCAAUCGAAAUGAAUUAGAAAGAAAAGUGGUGGGCUUAAGAAGCAGAAAUCGCAUAGUCCUUCAAAUAGAGAGCCAGGUAGAAGUCUCAAGACACGCAAGUCUAGAAGUAGAGUCACUAGUCCUGAACCUGUUGUGAGUGACACCUCAGAGAGAAGCAGAUCAGAUAAGAGUCGAGAUGUUAACAACAAGAAAAAAUCCUCUCAAACUCAAAUUACAGGUUUACAAUCGGAAAGAGAAAGCACAUACAAAGUAAUUAGAACUCUUCCAGAUGACCCACCCAGUGACGGGUACAUGUGUCCGAUCAGGUUGGGAUGAGGAGGGAAAGAGAGUAACUGGUCGAAGUGCCAUCACUAUGCCGCUCCCGCCACAUUCCUGAUGAAUGAAUUUCAAUCCCUUGUUGUAACAGUGUUAUAUUAAUCUGAGUUUUAAAAAAAUUGUACAAAUGUUAAUUUCCCAUAGACACAAUAAGAAAGCACGGCUCUAUAAUGCAUUAGAAAUUAUGAUAAUUUUUUUAAUACUCUAAAUCUUGCAGGUUUUGGGAAAUGUUUGAACUUUUAUGUUUCCUUAAGAUAUUUAAGCUUGAAUAGGAGCCAGAUCUAAGUGUGCCUGAUGUAUGAUAGGUAAGUGUUGUGCCAUGCCCUUAUGUUGGUGUACAAAUUACAUAUAGGCCAGAGAACUUAAGCUGAAAUGUCUACACUUAUUCUGGAUGUUAUUUUAAAGCUGUGAACCUGUUGAUGCCUGGAUAUAAGUGAGCUGGAAUAUUAUACCAUACAGGUACUGAUACAGUGUGAAUGAUAGUUACGACAAGGUUACCGUGAUUAUAGAAUAAGUUUUAUUGGGGCUGCUAUAGGUGGGCAGUUAAUGAUUUGCUAUUUUACUUUCAAAUACUGUAUUAAAUUUUUAAAAGUUAUAGUGAACCUUUUCUGCAAAUGUAACACAACUCUGAGAAUUUAGAUCCCAAGGUUUCCUAUUGUACUUGGUGUUAAGUGUAACACAUUAAGCUAGGUUGAGUAAAAGGUAGUGUUGCCUCCAGGACUAAUACCCCGGUGACAUUUGAGAUAUGAUUCUCAGUGGUACCUUGUUCCAAAGGCCCCUUUUAACACAUGUAAAGUAAUUGAACAUUGGAGAUGCUCUUUAUCUAUUUUUGUGAUGGAAGAGAAUGCUUUUUUGUGCAGUUAUUGGCCAAAUUAUGCUUAUAAUGAAAAAUAUUUGGUUGUACUUUUUAUCUGUACAAAAUAUAUUUUGUAUAUAACCCAAAACUGUAUCAAAUAGUGUAUAUUUGUGCAUCAGUUAGUGUUUACCAUUGGGAUUGUAACUUUUUUCAUAACUGAAAAUAUAUUAUAUAGAAUACAUGUGCAUUGAAGAAACCUCUGUGAGGAACCCAACAAUUUAAAUUGGAUUUUUUUUAUUAUUAUUACUUCAUUGUAAAAUAAAAGAAAAUCAUAUUUUCUUAUAUAAGCUCAGUGCACUCUGUUAGAUUCCCUUUAGGUUGUGCUACAGUAUAGGAGUUUUACCAACUCUAAGAUAAGCUUGUAGUUUGCUAGGGUUUGAAGCAAAAAAAUAAAAAUGGGAUGCA